AUGGCGGUUUCUGACUCUGCUCGAGCGUCGCUCUAUCUCAUCACUAUAAUUCCAUCACUUAUCGCUACCCUUAUCAAUCUUUAUUAUUUGUUAUUUGAUCGUACACUUCGUGCAGCUUUAAACAAUCACGUCAUUAUUCUUGUUCUUCUUUUCGUUCUAAUCUUUGAUUCAACUACUGUCGUAUGUUCGAUACGUUUCUAUCGUACCGGAAUCGUCCUUGCACCGAAUCCUGCUUUUUGUAUGAUUGAAACAUUUAUUGAUUCGACUGUAACUGUAAUAAUAACCUAUCUAAUGGCUUGGGCUUCAAUUGAACGUCAUAUUCUAAUUUUUUAUUCACACUGGUUUGCAACUAAAUCAAAACGAUUUGUUUUUCAUUAUUUUCCUCUUUUCAUAUGUCUUAUAUAUCCGAUUAUAAUUUAUAGUUUCAUGCUUUUCAUUCAACCGUGUACUAUACAACUCGAUUACCAUCGAACACAAUGUGGUUUCUAUGAUUGUGUCACUUCGAAUAAAAACUUGGCAAUAUUCGAUGUACUUGCUCAUAAUUUCAUCCCUAUUACUAUUGUUUUUACUCUAAAUAUUGCACUUUUUAUUCGAGUAUUAUGUCAUAGACAUCGAGUUCAACAAAGAAUUGAUUGGAGAAAUUAUAAGAAAAUGGCAAUUCAGAUAUUACUAAUUGCUACUGUUUUUAUUUUGUUUCUAUUUCCGCCAAUUAUUUUGUAUACUGCUUACUCAUUUGGCCUCUCAUGGACUAUCGGAGCUGAUUAUAUUUCUGACGGUGUAUAUUUUGGUUUCUAUGCUUUCAUGCUAAUUCCAUUUGCAUCUUUAACAUCAUUACCUAAAUUACGAAAGAAAUGUAAAAAUAUAAUUUUCUUCUGGCAACGGCAUCCUGCUGUCAAUCCAGAAGCUGUGCUUCUGGCUCGUAUAAAACCAAAUCAAACAAUAAAUAAGUAUUAA